AUUUCAAACACUAUUUUUGUGUCCAUUAUAUAGAUUAGCGUUCACAAUGUUGUAAAUAAUAUACAGAACGUAGAUAUUUUAUAUUUUUUUUAACUGAAUUUCCCGAACUAGGGUUUCAUACGAUCCGUAGCCCGACUUGACGAUCGUUAAAGACACUGGAAAUACAACAAGGCUCUGCCUGUCGCUGACAGACUGAGACCAAGUACUUUAUCGCAAAACUCUAAUAUACUGCCGUCUGUAAGCUUUUUAUUGCAUCGCACUUUUUAUUUAACUUUUUGUGCAUUUGAUACAUGAUGUUGUGAAAUUCGGGGCAGACAAGGCWGGCCAUCUUUCAACAGUAAUUCUAGAAKUGGGUCUCGGAGUUAAGCAUUUGUGGUGAGCGAUCGCCAUAUCUUUUCGUCAAAAAGAUCAUGGCUCUUGCUGGAGAAGAAGUUGAAAAACCUUGUUCUUCAAGUCAGAAGCAAGUAUCAUCUGGUAGUAGGAAAGAUACAAAGCAAAGAAGAAAUGGCAGAUUUUCAUURCGUAGACUUUUUAGUYGCUCCAGAAACUAUAAAGGUGAAAGCAAAAAUGACAAGAUCUCAAGGAGUAGGAAAUCCAGUAGUGAAACAAUGGUGAUUUGUCCUGUGUGUUUUGUUGUGAGACCAAGAAGCAUGUUUCCAGAGAUUUCUACAUGUGAACAUAGAUCUUGCAUAGAAUGCCUACGGCAGUACAUGACAAUUGAGAUCAAUGAAUCACGUGUGAAUUUAACAUGUCCUGAAUGCUCCGAACGAUUCCAUCCHAAUGAUGUGAAACUCAUACUCAAUGAUGAUGUUUUAAUGAACAAAUAUGAUGAAUUUACUUUACGGCGGACAUUAGUUUCUGAUCCUGAUUGUCGCUGGUGCCCUGCUCCAGAUUGCGGGUAUGCAGUAAUUGCAACUGGUUGCGCAAGCUGUCCUAAACUUGAGUGCCAACGACCAAAUUGUAACACUGAAUUUUGCUACCACUGUAAGCAAUUAUGGCAUCCAAACUUGACGUGUGAUAUGGCUCGAUAUCGACGGGCAACACAUAUAAAGUCAUUAUCUACUGAAGGACGUAGUUCUAGGGAAAAUGAUGAUAUGAAACCUUGUCCAAGGUGUGGUGCAUUUAUUAUUAAGAUGGACGAUGGUUCGUGUAAUCAUAUGACUUGUGCUGUUUGUGGUGCRGAGUUUUGUUGGCUUUGCAUGAAAGAAAUCUCAGAUUUGCACUACUUGAGUCCUUCUGGUUGUACGUUUUGGGGUAAAAAGCCAUGGAGUAGAAAAAAGAAGAUUCUGUGGCAAGUAGGAACUCUUAUAGGGGCACCAUUGGGCAUAGCUUUGGCAGCAAGUGUUGUCCUUCCUGCAAUGCUAAUUGGAGUUCCUGUGUAUGUUGGUAGACAGAUUCAUGAUAAAUAUGAAAAGCCUUUUCACUCAUCRCGCAAGAGAAACCUUGCCAUAACAGGUGGUGUGACUAUCUCGGUCCUUAUCUCGCCGAUUCUUGCUGCCUUGACAAUAGGGGUAGGAGUUCCUAUUGCCCUUGGGUACAUCUAUGGUGUGGUACCAGUCUCUCUCUGCCGUAGUGGCGGAUGUGCAACAGUAACUGCCAAGAAUGGAAAAGGAGUCAACUUGGACUUUGAAGAAGAUAGGCCAGCCUUUCCUGGGGCAUCUGGAUUUCUAUUUGGCACAUCACGCUCUAGUAGCCGAGGAAGCAUGAGAAAUGCUGAUAAGAACGGAGGGGUAGUGACAGUGGUAGCUACCGUCAAUAAUUUAGAURCUGAAAGUGGAAAGCAACCAAGUGUUAGCAUGAGCCAAGACUGUGCAAGUCUCAACAGCAGUACAACWGGACCUCGUAUAGCUGACAACGGCAGCCACGCCUCACUUAUUCCUGCACCACGUAGCUGCACUGUYAGCAUUGCCAGCAGCUUUGACAAUUUUAAUGCAAAUGAGAACAUUCCUUCUUCAUCCAUCGCCGAAGUAUCCUCAGUUUCUGAGACUGCUGAAGGGGAAACACAGUACAGUGGAAGUUGUCGUCAGUUGAAUGUCGAAAACAUGGACAAUCUGUCAGUUUUGGAAAGUGUAGGUAGCCAUGAUGACUGAUUUCUUCAGGUUUGCAUUUUGUUUUUAAUUUUUGUGACUAGACAUAUUUUGGUUUUGAGUUUCAGAGUGUAUAUUUAUAAGGAAAUUCAAAGGUUAAUAUAUUAUAAUUCCACCAGAAAUAAUAAAUGUUGAAUGGAAAGCCACUGACGUUAUAUAAAAAUGCAGCAUAUUGAGAAAUACUUUUUGAUCAGAUUUUUUUUCAUUUUUUGUCUUUUUGACAUCUGUUAACUGUUAAAAAAUGUGAUAUUCCUAUUAACGUCAGAUAUUUUCCAAAUAAGAUUAAGUKUCUAUUAAAUUGACUUUAUAAGGUUUGCAUUGUCUUGGAGAUAAACCACACUUGGAAUCUCUCACAGAUAUCUAAUAAUUGAAAACCUCUUCAAACUCAUUGACGUAUACACAUGAACACCAGAGACACUCAUUGACAAGAACAAGCUAAAAAGUUCAAGGUUAAUUUUGUGUGUGCAUGUAAUGUAAACAAUAGGACCUUAGUAAUGGUGCAUGUUACUAACUGUAACUUACAGAAAAAAAUCGAAUUCAAACAUUUCCUACACCCAUAUUUUGCCAAAAAAAACAUCAAAAUAAAAUGUUAUUCCUAUAAGUGGAAGUCCAAUCCCUUGCGCAUAGAAUCAUGAUAAUAUUAAUAAUAAUAAUAAUAAUAAUAAUAAUUGUGUUUAUACAUUGUUUUAAUAACAUUGUGUUUAUACAUUGAAAAAAUGAAUUAUUAAUGAAUUUUUUUAUUAAAAGUUUUAUGAACUUUUCAAUCAUGAUAUUUUUUAGGAAAAAUGUCGAAUUAUUCUAGAAACUACCAAUGCCAAAAUAUGUCUUGUACAAAUCAAAGAAAUGGAAUAGUGAAUAAUAAUUAUAUUAUGAUUGGAAACGUUUUUUUUAUUCAGCUCUGAAUAGGAUAAAAAUGCAGAGAAAUGCAUUAAAUAACACUGUGCAUUAAAAUUAGACUCUUGGGCUAUAGUUUUCCCUUUUCAGACCCUUUGAGAGGAGAAUAAUUUGUUUUCCAUCACUGCUUGUAAACUACAAGAUACUAAAUUUAGUUUUCACUAAGCAAAUAAUUCCACACCUUCCAUAUGAGAUAACCAUAGCCCAAGCCAAGAAAGUCUAUCGUCGUUAAAAUCAUGGUAUUGUAAUAUAGAAUUUGUUACUAAAAUAACAUAAUUGUAUAGUUUUCCUUGUGGCAGUUUUUAGUAUCAAAAUGAAACUUGGUCAUGCUGUCCUUCCCUUCGCCCCAUGGCACGGAAUCCAGUGAGUCACAGACAACAAUUCUUGGUGUGCAAGUUACGUCAUCACCGCCAUGUUGGAUGAAAAUCACAAAGCAUUCCUCAUUAGUUUCUCUUGUUCAUUCAUCCAACAUGGCGGCAACAGCUUUGUUCUWUAUUUCUCWGGGGAUUCCUGGUCAUGUGGUUGCACACCAWGAAUAGAAGCUAAGWAGCUUUGCACUCUAAAUYCAAUAUCAUUUGGAAUCCUUGCAAAGUUUUCCAUGGAAUCAURSGAAAUUCUGUGUCAUGGGAUGAUUCCAACAUGUUAUGAAAGRAGACUUGGAGGGAUAGCAUCACUAUCAUGAAUACUAACAUGUAAAAUAAGUGAAGUUGAAAAAGACACUUAUAAGUACCAAUCCAAAAAAUGUAAAUAUUGGCAUUUCUWAAGAGGACAGUUCAGCUGGCCAUUGCCGACUUCAUAUAUGAAGAUGGCUGUAUGCAACUCUAAUAAUUAAUAAGACAAAAUUGGUCAGAAGUUUAAUAGUGUUUAAAAAAUGUUAAAAUGUCCAAAGAAAUGUUUGCGCUUUUGGACAGUUGUAUGACUUCAAUUUGUCUGGAACCUGUCACUUGAUUUCACAUCUUUCAGUUCAUAAACAAGUUCUCAGGUCRUUACAAUACCAAAACUGCUGGCAGAAGUCUGCUUACCAUCCUUUGUGUCAUCUUGAAAGGUAGCAAUGCCAUUGAGCAUGCAGAGACAGAAAAUUUUUUCACCUACAGACAAUUAUUCACAGGUAUCUGUCAUUGCACGCUCUCACUGGUUGUCUCACUUUGAAAAAAAGUAUGGUUGACAUACCUUUCAAGAUGCCAAAGAGACCUCUGAAGAAAAAUACUUUAUAUUGAUCUUAAGCAAAAAGAAUGUCAGUUUAAUUAUAAAAUUCAAUGUUGUCAGAAUACACCCAAUGGAAGAAAAAGGAAAAUUUUAAUUUUUCAAGGUGUUCUUUGCUUACAAAAUAAUCACCAGAGAAGAUUACACCAUGACUGGAAAUCUGAAUACUUUAUUUUCCAKUUCAACAAUGGUAGAAACUGUCUUAUUUACAAUUUACAAUAACUCUUCUUGCACAAAGGCCUUACAAGAAACAAAGCAUGAUAUUUGCAUUUGCUCUGAAUUGAAACUAGUAUGUAUUCCCAAWUGGCCUAAAAGCACUUAGGAAAAACAGAAAUAACCUCCAUUUAGUAGAAAAUGCCAAAUUAUUAGUAGGGUUAUUGAAAUCAGCCAUUUUUCCAUGCUUUUGUUUGGAUAAGGCCUUUGUCCAACAGAAUUUGUUGUGAAAUAUGUAUAACUGACAACAGUUAUUAGCUUUGAGAUGGAAAAUAAAGUUAAUGUUUCCCUGGAAAUUAAUAGAAAGUGUUCAAUGAUAGAAUGUAAAAUCUAUUUUAAAAUCAAUGUGUUGGUACAAAACUAAUUUUAAGGUCUAGUUUUCUGGCGAUAUUGUUAAGGAAUUAUAAUAAUUAUUUUUUUUGGAAUUAUUCACAUGGCUACUGCAAGAAUCAGUUGCUCCAUUCCCAUGAAUUUAACUUGAAAAUUGCACUUAAUGCUACAGUURCRAACAUUUUUAUAAACRAGCUAUAAUACUCCAGACCUUUAAUUGCAAAGCUUUCAGAGGAUGGCUAUAUUUUCAACUAUAUUUUGAGAAGUACACCCAAAAUCUAAAGGAAUGAAGUCAGCAGCAAUCUGAGAAAUAUUUAUUUACUUAUUAUAAAYCACUCUCAAGCCAUUGAGAAGCAACUGUUUCAAUUUCUUGCCAUGGAAUGAUAAAAGAGGUACAGUAAUUACUACAUGUAUAAGACAAUGUUUUAUUUUAAAAACUGAGUAGAUUAUAGUGUGUUAUUUUGUAAAUAGGAAUUUAAAAUUGCACUUGCUGUUGUUUCCACUACUAUCCACCUAACCCAGACAAACUUCAUGCCAUGCAUUUUAUCAAUUCAGUUUUGAAGUUUAAUUUGGACUGGUUGUAUAGUAAUGGAAUCAACAGUGUAAUAUUUUAGUUGAAAAUACUUGUUCAUGAGUUCAAAUUAAAGUUUUUUAAACAUUAAA